AUGGCUCUUCGGUUCCUCUCGCCGUUGUCCCUCUACCCUACCCUCCACAAGCCCCCCCUCCGCAGUGGCAGUGGCAGCAGCGGCAGCCCCGUCCUACGUCACGCGGGCGCCGCCCGCUCUUCCCACGGCUUCUCCGCUCCUCUCCGCCUCUCGAGGCCCAACGCGGAGUCGCCGGCGGCGGCGGCGGAAGCACCACCGCCGCGGCUGCGGGACCAGGGAGGAGGUGCAGAGGGGGAGGAAGAGGAGGUGCUGGUCAAGGAGCUGGAAGACCUCCCCGAGCAGUGGCGGCGCUCGAAGGUGGCCUGGCUCUGCAAGCAAUUACCAGGCCAGAAGCCCGGCACACUCACCCGCGUCCUCAACGCCCAGCGCAAAUGGAUAUCCCAGCAGGACGUCACCUACCUCGUCGUUCACUGCCUGCGGAUGCGCGAGAACGACGCCGCCUUCAAGGUGAAUGAGGCCUUCUUCUUCUUCGUGCUCUGAGAGAAUUCUCCCUUUCCUCCGUGCUGCCCACCUCCUGUUCGCCCUUUUGCCUCCAUCAUCCAUCUUUUCUUCGCUUCUCUCCCAUGAACCCCCCGGUCAUGUUUCUGGUUUUCUCCAGGUGUACAGGUGGAUGCUGGCGCAGCCUCGAUUCCGCUUCGACUUCCCCCUCGCCACCAAGCUGGCGGAUUGCCUGGGCAAGGACCGGAAGUUCCUGAAAUGCCGGGAGGUGUUCGACGACAUCAUCAAGCAGGGCCGCGUGCCGAGCGAGACGACCUUCCACAACCUCACGGCGGCGUAUCUCAGCGCCCCCGUGCAGGGCUGCCUCGACGAAGCUUGCAGUGUCUACAACAAGAUGAUCCAGGUGGGCGGCUACAGCCCUCGGCUGAGCCUACACAACGCCCUCUUCCAGGCCCUCCUCGGCAAGUCAGGGCCCUCCUCGAAGCGCUACCUCCAGCAGGCCGAGUUCAUCUUCACCAACCUAGUCACAGGCGAGCUGGAGAUACAGAGGGACGUGUACGCCGGGAUGAUAUGGCUCCACAGCCACCAGGACGUCGUGGACACGGAGAGGAUCGCGGCCCUGAGGGAGGAAAUGCAGAGGAGGAGGAUGCCGGAGGACGAGGAAGUCCUCGUCUCUGUCUUGAGGGCCUGCUCGAAGGUGGGCGACGUGGAAGAAGCGGAGAGGGUCUGGAACAAGCUCCUCGAGUCAUCAGGCUCUGCCACCCUCCCUCCCCAGGCCUUUGUUUACAGGAUGGAGCUUCACGCUAAGGUCGGAGAGCCCCUGCGGUCACUGGAGAUAUUCCGGAGCAUGCCGGAGCACGGCGUCACCGCCACUGCACCGGCGUACAGUAAGAUCAUCGAGGUGAUGUCAAGAGCCCGGGAGAUCGGAACCGCAGAGGAACUCUUGGGCGAGUUUGUCGCGAGCGGCUUGAAGCCCCUCUCGUCUUCCUACGCCAGCAUCAUGGACAUGUACCUCACCUCGAACAUGCACGACAGGAUUGAACGCUUGUUCUCUCAGUGCCGCUCAGAGAGCCAGGCCAGUCGAAGCAUCUACAAUAUCUACUUGAACUCCCUGGUGAAGACCGGCGAUCUCGAGAAGGCAGAGGAGAUAUUCAACGAGAUGCACACGAACCCCGAAAUCGGCAGUAACAGCUCAUCCUGCAACGUAAUUCUGGGGGCAUUUCUCGCUUCUGCCGAUCACACCAAGGCCGAGAAGAUUUAUAGGUUGAUGACCCAGAAGCGGUACGGCAUCGAUCCCACGCUCGCGACGCAGCUCGAUCAGAUCCUCAGCUCGAAGAGGAAGGUCGUCGACAAGCCCGUGAGCCUGAAACUGGACAUAGAACAGCGGGAAAUAUUGGUCGGCCUGCUGCUGGGUGGUCUACGGGUGGAGCCGGAUGAGGCGGCGAGGAGUCAUUCCGUCGUUCACUUCGAGUUCAACGAAGAUCAUCCCGUCCACUCCCUCCUCAGGAAGCACAUCCAUCAGAGAUACUUCGAGUGGCUCACUCCGUCGAACCGGCUUGACGGCGACGGCGAUGGCGACGACGACCCGCCGCAUCGGUUCUCCACGGUCCCGCAUUCGAACUUCACCUUCUUCGGGGACAAGUUCCGGCCGAGAGGCCGGCCGGCGGUGCCGACCCUCAUCCACCGAUGGCUGUCGGAGCGCGCGCUGGCCUACUGGUACAUGUACGGCGGUAUCAGGUCCUCCUCCGGCGACGUUCUGCUCAGGCUGAAAGGCGGCGAGCAGGAGGAUGCCCAGAGAGUCAUCAAGGUGUUGCAGGCAAAGUCGAUAGACUGCAGGGUGAAGAAGAAGGGCGGGACGUUCUGGAUCGGUCUCCAAGGGAGCAACGCGGUCUGGUUCUGGAAGCUGACGGAGCCGUACAUUCUCGAGGGGGUGAAGGAGCACCUGAGGCCCGGUGGGCAGAGCUUCCCGGCGGAGAUGGAGGAAGAAGAAGCUCAGUUGAAUGGGUCGGAUCCCGGGUCCAAUCCUGGUGGGUCUUCUGAUUAG